AAUCAGGACAUGGUUCGGCCCGCGAGCUAAAUGCAACCACACUGAAAACGAGCAUCACAGAUACUCAGAUAGCCACACGGCUACACAGGGCAUUGAGUUAAUAAGGCAUCUGGACAAGCACUCAUCUUAACAGGGAGUGUCGAAAGUGGGGGAAGAAGACAAUUGCGUCAUCCGAUCCACUUCCGAGGGAAUCAGGGGCAGGAUGCCAUCAUCUGCGCAAUAUUUACCCUUCUACCUGGCGAGUCGGAGGACGGUGUUUCCAACCACGGAACUAUGCAUCAGUAAUAGUAUCAGACAUCUCGCCUACCUCCGAACGAGCCGAAGGAACAGCUAUCUGGGCAGACACGGCAUUAGCAACUGGGCAGCUCCCCCUAUAUCUAACCAGUGCUCGCACACCAGGCCACCCCUCAAGGUUGCUCCAUCUCGCUCCGUGCCCCUCCCGCUUUCAAUACGCAUCCAUUCGAGAACACUGUCGUCCUCCACCAAGCCAAACCAAACACCAUCAAGCGAAAUGGCUGAGCCUACGGGUCUCAUCACCACAUCCGGCAUCGAGCUCUUGACAUGGGGAACGCCCAAUGGCCACAAGAUCUCAAUCCUCCUGGAAGAGCUUAAAGAGGCCUAUGGCACAGAGUACACGGUCCAGGCAGUCGACAUCAUGAAGAACACGCAGAAGCAACCAUGGUACACUGCGCUCAGCCCCAACGGGCGCAUUCCCACCAUUGUCGACCACAACCGCGGCGGCUUCGCCGUGUUUGAGGGCCUCGCCAUCCUGUCCUACCUCGCGCGCCACUAUGACCCAGAGCACAAGUUCAGCUUCCCCGUCGACUCGGACGACUAUUCCGUUGCGGAGCAGUGGAUGGCCUGGCAGCACGGCGGUGUCGGUCCUAUGCAAGGCCAAGCAAACCACUUCCUCCACGCGGCGCCCGAAAAGAUCCCCUACGGCGCCCAGCGCUACGUAGGCGAGACUGAGCGACUGUACGGCGUCCUUGACGCGCGGCUCGCGGGCGGGCGCGAGUAUGUCGCCGGUCCGGGGCCCAAGGGGAAGUACAGCAUCGCCGACAUGAGCUUGUUCGGGUGGGUCAACGUCAGCACUUGGGGCGGCAUCGACCUGGCCAACUUUCCCAACGUCAAGGCCUGGCAUGAGAGGAUCCUGGCGCGCCCGGCCGUGCAGCGGGGUCUGACUGUGCCCGGGGGUGCGCCGAGCCGGGUUUCGAAUAGUGAGUUGCAGAGGAGGGUGACGGAGGGUGAUGAGGAUGCCAAGAAGCAGCUUGAGGAGGAUCGGAAGUUUAUAGAUGCGGCCAAGGAGAAGUAUGGGUACAAGUACUCUUCUCCCUGAGUAUUUGAGGGUAUUUGGUAUGGAGAACAGGGCGCGUGCCACUACAUGUACAUGCCAGACAUUGUGUCGAUAUAGGGAUCUACCGUUCUUCGCGGUUCGCCAAGACCUACCCCUUGCCUUAGCUACUAUGAAGACUGUAAGAUCCAGUACGGCAUGAUCCCUCUAUCCAUCAACUAUGGGAAUGUUGGCCUAGC